AAAUGAAUGAACUUGAUGCAUGGGAUAUUGGAUAUGUACGACAAACGCUGCCAAAGCCAAUCUAAAAUAUCUGUCUUGGUAUUCUCGGCUGACGGUUCCUAAUCUUGGUAUUCUCUGCUGCUUCAUCAACUUGACCCACCUUCGUUUCUGAAACUUGGGUACGAAGUAAAUAAAAUAAGGUACAAUAAACUAGAACCUCUUAGCAUGACCUAAUUGCCAACCCAACCUCAACUAAAAACAUUGCAUAAUAAAACCUGGGACUGUGGGUUUUGUCCAUUCAUACACACACAUUUAUAUAUAUAACACAAAAGUAGUAGGGUCUGUUUUGUAUUAGCUGCUACAGAGUUAGCCAUGACAAACACCAUUUUUGAUGUUGAGCACGAGAGUUUCCACAAUUUCUUUGAGUGCUGGCUUGCUGAACAAAACCAACAUCUCCAAGACCUCAUCAUUGCCUCCCAAAACAACCAAACCACCAGAAACAACCUCAAUAAUGGCAACACCACCACUACUGCAGCAGCUAAUACUAAUACAAGUUUAAGAACACUGGUAGAGCGUGUGGUGAAGCAUUAUGAGCAAUACUAUGAGGCCAAGUCCAGAUGGGUCAAGCAAGACGUUCUCAAGAUGCUUUCGCCCUCCUGGACAACCUCCCUAGAGGAUGCCUUCCUUUGGAUUGGUGGGUGGCGACCAAGCAUGGCUUUUCAUCUCUUUUACUCCAAGUCCGGCUUGCAACUUGAGGCUCGACUCACAGAGUUGAUUGAAGGCCUUGAUACAGGUGACUUGGCAGAUAUCUCACAGCAUCAGCUCAUGCAGGUGGACCAUUUGCAGAGGAGGACUGUUAAGGAGGAAAGGGACAUCACGGAGAAAAUGGCCAAACAGCAGGAGUCAGUGGCAGACACGUCAAUGGUCGAGUUGUCACACUUGAUUACCGAGUUGAUGAGCACUAAUGCUGGUCAUGAGCAAGAAGUUGAAGAGGACCGAGUUGAGUCUGUCCUGGCAUCCAAGGAGCAAGGUUUGGAGGAGAUUUUGCAGAGGGCUGACAGUCUACGGCUAAAAACGCUUAAAGCCAUGACACACAUUCUGACUCCAAUCCAGGCUGUCCAUUUCUUGAUUGCUGCUGCUGAGUUACACUUGAGGCUUCAUGACUGGGGCAAAAAGGAGGACGCCAGCAGCCGUGGCAAUUCAUCUUAGCCUAUGAUCCAUCAAAAGUUGGAGGUACUUAGAAGUUACGACCAACCAACCCACAAAAUCCAAAAGGGUUCAAAGAAGAAAGCAAAAAGUUGUGUCAAGAGGUGUAAUGCAUGAAGCAAUGGCCGGAAUGGAGGGGGCUGAUCAACCUAAUUAACCACAGCUACGAAAUAUAGUCGAUGCAACUGUUCAAUAUAUAUAUCUAUAUAUAAUGUCUAUCUAAUUAUUGUUAUUCAUGCAGUUACUACACUAGUAGCUACGGGGAAUGAACAAUUGACGCAACCGACUGGGUGACCAGAGCCCCUUCAUCGAUCGGGUGUCAUGGACUCAUCAGCCCCAUCUUCGUUAUUCCGAGUUCUGAUAGAGACCUUUAUUUUGCUUUUAUUUUCGGUUUAUGUUUCCUUUCUACUUUAUGUUCAAUUUACUUUGAGAAUAAUUUCAGCACUGCCUAUUCCCUGUUGUCGCUCC